AUGGCAACCGGCACUGAUCAGUUAAUUUUGGUACUGAUUGGACGAACAGGUUCUGGUAAAAGUGCUACUGGUAAUACUAUUUUGGGAGACAAAAGUUUUGAUGCGUCGCGUAGUGCAGUGUCCCAAACCAUAAACAAGAAGUGGGGCAAACGCAGCAAUGGGAGGGAAAUCGUCGUUAUAGACACGCCUGGUGUGUUUGACACACGUGAGGAUGUUUCUAAAGACGUAAUAGCCAAGGAAAUCUCCAAGUGUGUAGAUAUUGUCAUUAUGGCAACAGGCAACAGGAAAAUAAAUUUGCUGUUGCUUGGAAGAACGGGGUCUGGUAAAAGCGCAACUGGGAACACCAUUCUUGGGCGAAAUUGGUUUAUAUCUAAGCGUAGUGCGUCGUCAACCACCACGGAAGCCGCCUGGGGGAAAUGCUCAUAUAAAGCAAGAGAAAUCGUCGUAGUUGAUUCUCCUGGCGUUUUUGACACACGUGAUGGCGUCUCUAACAAAGUAAUUGCUAGGGAAAUAGCCAAGUGUACAACCAUGGCACUAACUCAUGGUCCAGGCAUCGAUGCAUUUGUAUUGGUUCUUAGCAUUGAUGAUCGAUUCACGGGAGAACUUGUUGAGUCUGUGGAAAUAUUCAAAGAAAUAUUUAAAGAAAGGUUUCUGGAGUAUGUUACCAUAGUUUUUACAAGAAAAGACCAACUCGAUGAAGACCAAACGCUCACUGAUUUUCUAAAGGACUGUCCGAGUAAACUCCAACAGCUGCUAAAGCAGUGUGAUAAUCGUGUGGUUGGGAUCGACAACAAAACAAAAGAUGAAAAUGAAAAGGAUUCUCAACGUGAUGAAUUGAUCCAAAAAUUGAUGACGAUGAUGCAAAAGAACGGUACUCUUCAUUUUAGAACAAGUUUAUAUCGUCUUUCUGUUAAAGCUACAUUCCUUGGAUACUUGACAUGCAUAGUGAUAUGA